AUGUCCCCUCAUUUCCAAACAACGCUCUUGCACGAGGAGGCGCCAAUUCUUCUUGUUGGCGGGGGAGCAUCUGGGCUUCUGCUCGCCUAUCUGCUCGCCCAGUUAAACAUUCGAUCCUUGGUGGUGGAACGCUAUGCGUCCAGACUAGCAGCACCAAAGGCACAUGCGCUUUCUCCUCGAUCCCUUGAGAUCUGCCGUCAAGCGGGGUUAGACGUGAAUGAGAUUCGGAAGAUUGGUAGUCCUCGCGAAGAGGCGUACUGGGUCAAUUUUAUUACCAGUCUGUCUGGUAAACAUGUUGGUCGUUUGCCCUACGAGCGAAUGGAUCCGGGGGUUCUAAAUGAUACACCUGCGAUGAUUCAUAAUAUUGCUCAACCGGCAUUUGAGGAGCUGAUUGCCAAGAAACUAUCGACGAAUAAGCUUGUUGAGAUUCGUAAGAAUCAUUCUUUUGUGAGCUUAGAACAGGGCGAUGGGUUCGUGAUGACGACGAUCGAGGAUCGUGCUACUCAAACGACAUACAAUGUCACAUCACAGCAUGUAGUUGCAUGCGAUGGUGCCAAAAGUGCCGUCCGAAAAUACCUUGGUAUUGCAAGUGAAGGAGAAGAAACCUGCGAAACCAUGAUGACCAUUCACUUCAACGCUGACUUGAAGCCUGUGAUAAAGGAGCAAGUUGGAAUGCUGCACUGGGUAAUGGACCCAAUGGUCGCCGGCUUCAUCAUUGGAUAUGACUUGUCUGGGAACCAGGUUCUCAUAUGUAACUUUGAUACUGAGAAACAUCCCGUGGAGUCUUGGAACGAAGAACACUGUCGUAGGGUUGUCGACGCAGCCAUUGGAAUGAAAGUGCCAUAUGAUAUACUAAGUUACCGUCCAUGGGUUCUCAGUCGGAAGGUAGCUUAUUCGUAUCGCGAAGGCCAGGUUUUCCUUUGCGGAGAUGCUGCUCACUCCUUCCCACCCACCGGUGGCCUUGGUUUGAAUUCUGGACUAGCUGACGCCCAUAAUUUGGCAUACAAGCUUGCAGCAGUUCACCACGGGUGGGGUGGAAGCAGUCUUCUCGAUACCUACCAGUUUGACCGGCGCCAAGUUGCACUUGUCAAUUCCAAUCAAAGUGUCGAGAACGGGAAACAAAUCUUUGGGCUACUCAAAGCGCUUGGUACGACAGAUCCCGACGUCAAUGUUGCAAGGCAGAAUCUCUAUCAUAAUAUCCAAGACACCGAUGCAAUGGUUGAGAUUAAUAGAGGGAUCGAGGGUCAGCGCCAACAUUUUGAUAAUCUCGGCCUACACAUUGGAUACAUUUAUGGAGACAAGACAAUUCCUGCGAAUGUCUCGGUGUUUGAGCCUAUGUGUGUACCUGGUGCUCGAAUCCCGCAUACAUGGAUCAAAGUCUCGUCGGAGCAAUUGCAGCUUCCACCAAUUGACUCCAGCUAUGUACAUGAACUAUCCCAGGAGGAGGUCUCAAAAAAGAAAUACUCUACCUUGGAUCUAUGCCCUCUCAAUACUUUCACUUUGUUUGUCGAUGACAGAAAUGCAUCUAUCUUCUCAAAUAUGGUGAAAGAUGCAUUAGAUCUUGUGACUCGAAAUACGCAGUUUGUUUUGCCCCUAAAGACCGUUAUACACGGUGUUGAUUUCAGGCUUCAACCGGGGGCAGAGGGUGAAUCUUGGAUGAAUCUUAUGGGUUUGAAAGAUCGGGCAGUGUUAGUCCGUCCAGAUCAGCAUAUUUUGACUUGCGUCGCGCCCCAAGAUAAAGCAGAUGAGUUGGUGCAUGCACUGAAAGAACACCUAGGUUUGCAUGCCAAUUGA